CAGCAUGGCUUGCCCCAAAAGGAACCGAGCUGUGAUCAUUGUCAAUCAUCAGUUCCUUCAAGCCAAAGGACUUAGACCAAGAGUGGGGGCCAGAAGGGAAGCAGACAAGCUUUUUAGAGCACUUUCCAAGUGCAAUUAUGAUGUGAAAUUGUUUCUGGAUUUGACAGCCAAAGAAAUAGAAGAAGUGUAUGAGAAAGAAAGCCAGGCAGAACAUGGGAAAUGUUUUGUGAGCAUCCUCUCAAGCCACGGAGAAGAAGGCAGCAUAAUGGAUUGCCAAGGACAAGCAUUAAAUCUAACUUGCAUUUAUAAGAUCUUAUCUCCUGAAAGGUGUCCACAUUUGGCAGGAAAACCUAAAAUCUUCUUCAUACAGGCAUGCCGUGGAAACAGAUUUGAUGAUGGCAUCUACCUAGAAACAGAUAGCAGAGCACCAGAGGAAGACUGUUUCUCACAUUACCUGUCUAUUCCCGAAAAUACUGCUGUCAUGUUUUCUUGCAGCCCAGGCUAUGUUUCCUUCAGCAAUCGGUGGGAAUCCAUGUUUCUCAAAGCAUUACUGGAAGUGCUAGAAGGAGAGGAAAGAAAACUGAAAAUCACCAAACUCAUGACUUGGAUUAACUGGAAGGUUGCUUUUUUUUGUGAAGCAAAAGGAACUGAAUAUAAGGGCAAAAAAGAGAUGCCUUGCUUUGUUACAAACAUGGUGGAGGAGGUUUACCCUUUCAAACAAGAUAGGGAAUGCUCGGAUUAACCAGAUCACUCCAAACCUACAAAUACAACUCAGUCGCAGUUUGAUUUUUCACUUGCUGCAUUUUGAUCCAGCCAAUUAUAAUUUAUUCAACCAGUCA